AGUUCUCCCCCCUACUGCCCCCCCCUCACCCAGUCAGUCUAGAAGGACAAACAAAGCACUAUUGGUGUCCUCUGCAAGAGAGCACUGAUAGGGGGCUGGCUGUAAAUUGACGUGGCAUGGAAAAUCUCUGCUAGUUUGUAGCAGCUCUAAUGUUGCUGCGAAAUCAAGCCCAUUCCCACCAAGUUUGUAGCUUGGAAAUCACCACAGGAUUACUGUUUCUAUAUAAAAAAUGAAUGGAAAGUACCUUGGCUUUUUGAUUUGGGAACCAGACUUUUUCUCUGUUUGGAUUUACAGCUAAUAGAAAAGAAGACCAAAGGGAAUUACUUGGUUACUUUUUUUUUUUUGCUUUCCUGUAGUGAGAGCAACAGAUCUUGCUGCUCCCCCCACCUUUUCCUGCAAUUUAAUCAUUUGCAGAUCUUGCCAUGGGGUGCGGACUAAGAAAGCUGGAAGACCCAGAUGAUAGCAGCCCUGGAAAAAUCUUUUCUACAUUGAAGAGACCACAAGUUGAAACAAAGACGGAUUCUGCUUAUGAAUAUGUAUUGCUGGAUUUUACUUUAGAAGCUUCCUCAAAUCCAGAAGUUAUCAAGAUCAGUUCUGUGUUGGAUAUAGCACCUAAGGUGGAAGAAUAUUACAGCAAAGGAUAUAUUGUAGGAGCCAUUCAUCCUAUCAUACUGCCAAUUGGACGUAGAAGGAAUUUCCCUGCAAGUCACAUGUAUCGAGUGGUACUUUCACGAUUAAAAUUAAGCCAGAAGCAGGCAGCACCCAGAGGACAAAGGCACCCCAGGCUGGUGAUUGAGGAAUGUCCUUUAAUGUAUGAAACGCUGACAAAUGAGGUAGUGAAAGAACUGUUGGAAAAGGUUAAUGAAGCUUCUAAAAGAGGAAAGAAGUUUGUGGGAUUUGUAACACAACAUUCUCCUCAACCUAAAGCCUGUAAUGGAACAAGCACAGAUGGAAGUGCAGAGCUGGAAUCAACACUGGGCAGGAGGAAUAGGGAGCACAGAAGAAAAAAUUCUGAUGAAAACUAUAAAAACUGGAAUGAAGGGACAUUGAGUGGUCACUCAUCUGAGAGUGGGAUAGAGGAGGAAAUGCAAGGAGAAAGCAGUCUGUUACAGGAUGCAGAUUUCCAGUUUGGAAAAGAAGUCAGCCCUGUUAAACCACAAAAAGGAGACGACAAGCUAUAUACAGCCUUCAAUGUUUUUGAUGAUGAUUCUACCUCCUGGACCUAUCAUGAAGGUGUUUUGUCAAUGAAAGUAACAAGAAAGGGGCCAGUUAUUAGUACACUGGAAGCAGACUGGCUAGAAUUAACCACAUUUCAUUAUAAACAAGGAUUGUCCUUAAUUGAUUCUUUUGUACACUGGGAAACUUCUAAAGGAGACUAUUUGCCCAAAUCUUUAGAAGGAUUAUUUGUCUACGAAGAAGAAGGUGCUGGAGUUCCAGGUUCUAACAGGAAAGGAAAUGAUGCAAUAGUUGUUGAACAAUGGACAGUCAUUGAGGGGUGUGAAAUUAAAACAGAUUAUGGACCUUUACUGCACACGCUGGCUGAGUUUGGAUGGCUCCUGACCUGUGUCCUGCCUACACCUAUAGUACGACAUGACAGUGAAGGAAAUCUGGCCACAAAGCAAGUAAUUUUUCUUCAAAGACCUGUUAUGUGGAAUUCUGCUGUACAGACACCAGAGAAACGGGACAACCACCAGAUGAGUUUCGCCUAUCUCCUUCUAAACAAUGUUGGAUCAAGGAGGGAUCCUCCCAGUAUGGAGGCUUUGCAGGAUUCAGUAGCAGUGAUGGAGUAUUAAGGGAACUGGAUGAUGGACAAUUUGACCAGGAAGAUGGAGUCACUCAGGUCACAUGUAUGUGAUAAAGUAAGUAACUGCAUUAGAUGGACGUGUACAUAAUUCACAGACAUGUUUUAAAAAAAAAAAAGGGGGGGGGGGAAUCAUACUACUUUAAAUGCAUUGGUAUAAUCCUAUAACUUUUUUGAGACUCGUUUUGUAUUUUUGUCUGUUUCUUUGUUGUGUUAAUUCUACUGUAGUAAUAAUACUACUGCAAAAUAAUUUGGCUUUCUGUCUCUUUAAUAGAAUAACUACAUGAUUGGGUACUCUGCUAACUUGUUAAUGCUUUUGAUAAGCAAGGAAGCAAAUGCUGCAAAACAGUGACAGUUUGAAUUGUGAGAGAGAAAGGCAUGAGGAUGUUUAGUGUUUUCCACAAGCUGGAGGAGUGUUUAUUUUUUUUCCUUUAUGGGUGUUGUAAAUAUUGGUGGGGAAAAUGAACUGUCUAGCUAUUGGUAAGUUUUGAUGUAAUUUUCAUUUUACUUGCAGAAAUUCAAAAGCCUAGAGAAAUGUUAAGUCUUACACUAGAGUGUUAAUAAUUUAAGCUGUGUUCAGACUUGGUAUGUACAGAAGACCUCGGGAGGCUCUAGGCAGACGCUUGCUCCUAUGAUAGAAUUUCACCUAUGCAGGUUUUACCAGGGUUUGUUGUACAUCUAAGCCGAAAGCUAUCUAAGCAUAUAGUUUAUGUAAUGAUGUAUUCAUAAUUUACUCAUGAGUGGAAGUCAAGAAUACUCACCCCCUGAAAGAUAACUUGCAGUCUAUGAAAAAGUAGUUUGAGAAAGUCAGUGAGCACCACUGAUGGUGAGGUGCGCAGUGAUGCUGGUAAUACACAGGAGGAGUUAGUAGGCUAACCUUAAUAGCCUGUAUUAGACCACAGACUACAUACAAAUAUGCUGAUGUAUAUACAAAAUAGUACUGAGCUAAAGAUACCUCUCACUGGGUGGAGUGUAUUCAACUGCAUCAAAUACCAGAAAGCGUGUUCAGAGGAGAGGAUGAAGUUGCUGUGCUUGCAUCCUCGCCGUGGGGAGGAGCUGCCUGCAUUAAGGGAGGUUAACACCGGCAGGGCUGCGUGGGGACAGGCUGAACAACAUACUGGUGUCUGGAGAUGACGUUUUACAGAGGAGAAGCUGAAUAAAAAUACAUCUCCAGAAGGUAAACAUGGUUAUAACUAAAAACUGAAUUUUUGAGUUUCAGAAGCAAAAAGUGUAAAUGCUUGUCUCACUUAAACUAAUGGAGAAUAAUUUGGUCAAAAAGAGAAACGGGAACAGAACUGAGCAAAUGUAUUCACAGCACGUGUGGCUGUUAGCAGUACAGCACGGGCAUGGCCUCGGGAUGUUGGUGGGCUCCGUGUGAGGUGUGUUGCAAACACGGAGAGAAACGCUGUGAAUACAUUUAGCCAGCCCAGCCUGCCCCCCCGGGCCGUACCCCACCAGUGCCCAGGGAGAGCGCUGGGCCAGCGAGUGCCGUGGGGGGAGCCCCGGGGGGGGCCCGGCACCUGUGCAGGGAGAACACUGGCGGAGGCUGCUUGUUUCAAUAAGCAAAAAGUAACUCGGGGAAAGAAGAAAUUACCCUUGCCAAUGAUGAGCAGAAGUAGUCCAAGGCCGUAGUGCUAUUUCAAUUUAUUUUUACAAGGCGGGCUGCAGGGGAAACCCUUCCUACUUGUGUGAUUGUCUUAGUGGGAGCUUGCAAUGGUGACUGCUUUGGAGCUGCUGCCCAACUUCAUCGUGAAAUUGUUAUUUAUUUUUCACUUCGGAAGAGCAACUCCAGCAACUGUUUGUAGCAGGUUUGGGUUUUUUUCCAAAGAAAUUCACUGCCCUGGAGCUGGAGACAUUCCUUCAACUUUUGUUUCUUUUCCCUUUUGCACUUGUUGAAAAGGGCAGCUUCUAUUUUCUCAGUUGUAUUUCUUACAAAAAAUGCUGGCAGCCUGGCAAAAUAGUUCUGAAUUGUGACUCUCAAGAGCCAAAUACAUGCCAGAAAUUACCUUUUAUAAAGCAGUAUUCCUGCUUAAGAUGGCUCACAGUAGUGAAUCCUAAACCAAAACUGAACUACAAGGAUUUAAAGAAGUUAAAACAUGUGAAGGAAUAAAUUGAAUGCAGCUGAUCUGUCUAGAAUACAUUAAUUGGAUAAAAAGAAUCAUCUUUUAACUGAGAUAACCUCCUAUCAGCUGUUGAGAAUGCAGAAAAUUCAAAUAACUUAGUAUCUUCUUAUUUUUAAAAAAACUUUUUCCCCUUACAACUAAUCGGAUGUACACAAGAGUGUUUUGGAACAAGGGCAGAAAUUGAGUAUGCUCUGGAUGUGCACAGGAACACUCUAGAAUAUCCCCACUUUUAACAAGAAAGGCUGUUCUUAAAAUGAAAUAAAGCCAUGUUCCUUUCCAGUAGCCCACAGUUUUAACUGUGCUUCAGUCCUUGCUCUUGAAUCUCACAGGUGUUCACUCUGCUGCAAACAUCUGAAUUUUUCUAGUCUUCCUAAUUCAGUGUUAACAUGCUAAAUUGUUUCCUCUGAACCCAUUUAGCAAUGCCUAUGUAGUUAAGGACAGCUUUUUGUAAAGUGCCAUUUGUCUGACAGUAUGUAAAGUUGCCUCUGUAGAAACAUUAAUCUAGAUUGUUUUCCUAGCUCUCUGAUGUCUUUCACCCACCAGGGCUACAUUUAGGCUCUGUAUUGGAAAAAAAUACAUUGCUAGUCUUCACCUGAAAGUCAACCUGACAGGAGCCAAGACAGAGAUCUGUGAAGUGAAUGGCAUGUAGAAGGUAGCAAAGGAAUAAAUUCCUUAGGGUUCUUCUGUUUGUUUGGUUGGUUUUUUUUUUUUUUUUUCUGAUACAAGAACUCGAGGGAAUCAUGCCAGUGGUAAGUAGCAGGUUUGAAACAAAUCACGGAAUCUAAUCAGCCAACUGGUGAACGCCUUGCUGCAGGGCGCUGUGGGUAAAACUACAGGGAUUUAAAAGAUGACUGAAAAAUUCCCGAAAGGAAAACCACCGCCCUAUUCUCUCUGAAAGUCACUGAACCAGAAACUGUUGGAGACGCUGAAAGCUGGUCUGACUGACUGCACGCGAAUCCUGUUCUUCAGAUCGUCAGCACCGGCGCUUCGUCCCUGGUGGGCAGGGAGCCGAGAGCGUUCUCCUGCUGCAGGGCUGCCUUUCAAAAAUCAGGGGGAGUAAGGUGCUUGCUGCGCCUGUGUGAAGACUGUGCAAGAAUUACCUGACUGCGUGCACUAGAACACAGAAUAAACCACCCCUGUUCUUCGGGCUUGGAUGCUGAAACCAGAAAUAAUUUAAAACGUUUCUGAAACAAAUGAUGGAAAAUCUUCUGGUUUGCUCUUUGUACUUAAAAAUUCUGAAAGCUAGCUGUAUUUUACUUGGAAAAGUGAGAAGGGGAGGGUGCAUUUGGGGUACAGGAGAUUGUAAUUUAGAGAUACUUGUUUCAUCACCUGCUCUUACACAAACUAGAGCAUUAAGAAUGUCUGCCUUUAUUAGUGUUGUGGCCAGCACUGUCCAUUAAUUAAACUUCUUAAAUCAGAAAAACUGCCAGAGUAACUCUGGCAACAUGAUUUUUGUCAUAUAUUCUAUUUUUAUAUGUAUAUAACUACACACACGCACUGUUUAGUUCUCAUUUUACCAGAAUGUAGUUUACAUACUCAUAUUAUUGAAAGAAUUGAAAAUCAAACUUAAAGCACGGGUGCAUUCUCUGACAAAAAAAAAAACCCAAACAAACUGUUUAUUGAAUAACAGGUCUUCAGUUAGGAGCCUGUGUGUCUGAAAUGUACUAGAAUAGACAAGUCCCUUACUUGUACGUGACACCAGAAAUGCCCUGCCACUGUUAGAACAGAGAUAGAUGGCAACCCAUGCUGGUCAUGAACCUCUGCAAAAGACUGUUUAUACUUUCUGAUGCUCAAAAUGUUUGGAGAGGAAAUACUUUUCUAGUGUUUACAAGCAGGAAGAAACAAUCUAGUGUAAAAAAAAAAAAAAAUGUGCCCUACUUGUAAUUGUCAGAACAGUUUAUUUACAUAGUUGGUCAACUGCAAUAAACUGCUGCUUAUCUUCUGUGUUUCUGGUCUGUAAAA